CCGUAUCAACGCGCCGCGUGCGUGCGCACGGAAUACGAAGGCGGUUGCGCGCUGAGAACCCCUGCGCGCUAGGGUUGUCCGCCCGAAGCGAUCCGAGGGGCCCUGCCGUCCGUCCGCCGGCGGUAAACAGUUGGCCCCGCGCGUACGUUUUUUCCCAGCGCCUCCGCGGACGUCAGUGCGCGUUCGGCAACGAAUGCGCGGCGUAGUGCUUCCCACAGCGGCCGUCGUCGAGUCACGUUCACAACAAUCAACAACAACAACAACAACGUUCAGCGACAAUAUUCGGAAUCGUGCGCAUUUUGAAUAUUUUUCUUCUUCUCGCGACCGUGUGCCGCACGUGCGCAUUCGCCUCCUUUCGUCCGUGCUGCGUAUCCAACACGGCUGUUCGCGGCGUAGGCAUACGGUUACUCACGAGAGAGUGAGUGUUUCGACCAACGUUUCUUACCGAUACACAGCGUCUCGCGUGGUGACGGACAUCCGAACAAAACUGUUACGCUUCCAACAGAUCGGAACAACAUCGUCGGCGGUUCAAACGACAACGGCAUAACGGCGGCGGCGGCCACCGGGUUCGAGAUGUAUUCGUUUUUCGCCAGCACGGCGACUGCCGCUGUCUCUUCGGGCACCGGAACCACCAUUUCGGUGGCGCCCUCGUGCGGCGGCGGCGGCGGCGGCGGCGGCGGUGGCGGCGCCUCGUUGCCGCCGCCGCCGCCGCCCUCGCCGCAUACUGCUGGCGCGCAGGCGCACUUUACCGGCAUCCAGCCGGCCGCCGCCGUCACGCACCAGCAGCAGCAGCAGCAGCAGCAGCAGCAACACCACCACCACCACCACCAGCUCAAUCUUCAUCAUCAUCAGCAGCAGCAGCAACAGCAACAACAGCAGCAGUCGGUCUCCGCGGCCAUCAAUUGUUCCGUGGUGCGCGCUAUCGCUGCCGCUGCCUCGUCGCCGUCGACGAUCGCAGCCGUUUCGACCGCACAACAGACCGUUGUCGCCGCUACGUCCAACAUCGGCAAAAUGAAAGAAAUGCCAAAACUAGUAAAACUCGCUCCCCAUAGAUCGGUGGAUGGAUCAUCGUUGCAACAAGAAACGAAAAAACGCAAAAGACCAAUCGGAAAGAGUCAUGCGUUGAUUACUAGUAAACCAUUGACAAUCGUGGCUCCAACUCCAAUAAUAACUACCAGAAAUGAAGACUCUGGUGGUGCUGCAAAGUAUACGUUUACGUCACAGAACAAUCCGGGAUUAGUGUUGAAGAAAAAAGACUCCACUGUUCAAUGUAGUCAAACUACUGCCACCAAAACCGGCGUUAGUGGAAAUAUACCUGUGGGUAUUGCUGUGGCCAGACAGAGGUACACUCAAAGUACAUCUAGUACAGAGAUUCAAAGGCAACGAGAAACCACUACAACAACGGUGUCGAUGCCCGAGAUCAUUCAUCAGACACCGAUGCAGACAAUGAUGUUGUCCUAUAACGAUUGUUCCAUGACGACUGGGUCAACGGCCGGUAUAAAUCGAUGGCCAGCUUCUGGAGGCUGUAACAUUCCCCAAAACACUAUUGGAAGUCAGUGGAGUUUUCAAAACACCACGCUAAGAGCUCCUGCUUUGGAACAACAGCCCAUGCAGCAGCAACCGGUCGGGUAUCAACUGGUCCAAGAUCAAUCUGGUCAAUUUUUUUUAUUGCCUCAAAAUUCUAUUACUGGUUUAAUGACUAUGCCUUUUGAUUAUUGUAAGUCAGAUACACAAAACCAUCAAUCCAAUCAAGGUUACACUCUCAUUCAACAACCACCUCAACAAAUGGCGACUAUUUCACCUAUCAUAAAUCACCAUCCACAGUAUACUUCUAUUGCUAGUUCAGGUUCAUACUUGAUUCAGCAAGUAAAUUCUUCUAAUCCACCAGCUCUCAUAAAUACUCACCAUCAACUAACCGACUCUACUACACAUCAACAGCCCUUAUUACAGUUGGCAUCACCUGAAAAUCAAAUGAUUAUUUUUAAUCAACAACAGUCUGCUAUUGUAGCUCAGCCAUUGAUCAGCCAUCUGCAACCUUCACAUCCGGGACUUACUAUAGCAACUCAAAUGCAAUCAGGUUGUCAGAAUCAUAUCAAUGAUAAUAUACAAACAGUCUCUGAGUCUGUGACUGUCCAAACAAAACUGGUACAACAGUCUAUUACUGAAAAGAGUACAAUUUCAAGUCACACAGAAGAAAAUGUAUCAAUUUCAUUAGAUUAUUGUAAUACUACAGUAAGUAAACCUGAAAAAGAUUUAAAACCAGAUUAUUGUGCUCCAGAGCCGGCUUUAGAAACUGAAGCAAUUGUAUCCCAUGAUGCAAGUAAUCAAACGGACUUACAAACUGAAGAUGAAACAUAUCACUCAAUGACUGAAGAGAACAAAGAAACCGAUUUUACUGAGAGUGUACAAGACUGUAUGGCCGAUGGCCAACCUUCGACUGAUGGAGCCACGCAAUCUGUGGUAUUAUCAAUAGCUGAAAACUCAGCUACACCAGACAUUACUGGGCUGGAGCUUUUGUUAAAUAGUAUUGAACAAUUUGAAAAACGUAACUCAAGUAGACAACAGGACAACAGUUAUCAGGAUAUUGUUAUGCAUAAGGAAGAGUCUAUAAAUACACAUAUGGUGGAUACUAAUGCAAACACAAUUGAGGAGUCUGAAGAAAAAGGUGUGAAUAAGAUUGAUUUGCUUUUGUUGGCUGAACAGUUUUUGGAAACUGAAAAAUCCAGUGAAAAUUCUGAAUUAAGCAAUGUCGACAAUAGUUUUUCAAACAAUCAUAAUCCAUCAGAAGAACUUCAAAAUCAUCAGUUUCCUCCAAGUACUAAACCACUAGAAGUAACAAACACUAAUGAUGUCGCUAGAAAAGUAUACACCAAGAAAAAAUUGUUGUUAACCAAGAAUGAAAAUAACAUUUUGACAAAAGAAAAAUUACAAAUUUACUCGAAAUUGGACAAAACUCAACAAUUAACUGAUUAUUCUGAUGGUAAAGUACUGAAGCGAAAAAUCUCUGACUCAAGUUCAUCAUCAUCUGGUCAAGUAAAACGUGGACCUGGUCGACCAAAAAAAGUUUUGAAAGUUGUUGAUAGCGAUAAUAUUAAUAGUAAUAACUGGCAUGGCAUUAAAGAAAAGCGAAUGAAGUUGGAAUGUAGCACUAUAAUGAAGCAUAAAACUUCGAAUUCCUCAUCUUCGGAUCUUUCGCCUCCUGUGUUGGAACCAUGGAGUCCUUUUUCACCUAGAAAAGUUUCUACACAUACUCCACCAACCUUAUCGCCUGUAUCAUCAAUGACUAAAUUGUCAGAAGUACAAAAAUCAUCUGAUGAUGAAAAGUUGCCUGAAAAGAAGAUAGCAAAAAAACGCUCCACUACAUCAUCAACUAUUACUAGCGAUGAUGAAUUUAGAUCACCAUUGAAAAAACGUAAAGUUGGACGUCCUAGGAAGCAAUUAAACCUGUUUGAUGAAAACAAAAAGAAAAAUUUUCCUCAAAAUCAUAAAAAGGAAAAACAAGCUCCUUCGUCUUCAGGCUUUAUUAGUAGUGUAGGAGCGAUUAAAGUCAACAAAAUAGAAACGUCUUCCAGUGGCCAGUACAAAAUUAAACCUAAGUUAAAAGCUGAAGUUAAAAUGAAACACUGGGAUGUAGAAGAUGAAGAUGAUGAGAUUAGAGACGAAGAUGAUAUAUUAGCUUCACCAAAAUAUGUGUGCAAAAAACGUCAAAUUGCUGAUGCACUACAUAGAAUGUCUUCUUUUUCUGACAACAAGCCUGCGGUGAUUCCUAAGAAGAGGAAGUUUUCAAAUGUUUCAUUAGACAGUGUAGACAGCUUAUUAGAUGACGAAGUAUUAUUUACCCGGAGAGACAAGUUUCCAGUUAGGUUACUUCCAAUGAAUAGAAGUCAAACUUCGGAGUCCGAAAUCUCUCUGGAACAAACUACUGAAGAACGGGAUAGUAGUUCUACUACGGUCGAACUCGUUGAACAACAGUGCACACCCGUCAGCCCGAGUCGACCUAGCGUAGAAUUAAUAACUACCUGCGAUAACGAUCACGAAAGAAAAAGACUGAAGAAAAAACGCAAACAUAGAAAACACAAGCACGGUCACGACGAGCUGAGAACCAAACAUAAACAUAAGCAUCAUAAGAAACAUCACAAAAAGCACAAGAAACGUAAAGACUCCGAGCCGGAGCUCUCUGUAUCUGAACCACCGACACUGUCUCCUCAAACACCAGCCGAAGAAGUGAGAAUUGACGAUGACGACGAUGACAAAUCGAGAGAGAACGAUUCUAGCGAAGUAGACAGCAGUGAUGUGCCGGCAUUUUUGUCCGACCAACAGAUAUGGAAGUGGUCAGGUGACAGUUAUAAGAGACCCGGUCGCGGUGGCAAUAAGAAAACUUUUUAUAAGUCCAUCAGCCGAGGAGACGAGACUAUAAGUAUCGGUGACUGUGCUGUGUUUCUGUCGUCCGGCCGGCCGGAUCGUCCGUUCAUCGGCAAAGUCGAUUGCAUGUGGGAAACCAACAUGGAAAAGAUGCAAGUAAAAGUGUUCUGGUUCUAUCAUCCCGAAGAGACGGCUAGCGGCUUCACCGGUGAUCUACCGUAUCCCGGCGCUUUGUUCAAAUCUCCCCACAAUGAUAUCAACGACGUGCAAAGCAUUAUGAACGGAUGUCAAGUGGUAUCUUUCGAAGAGUUCAAAACGGUCGUGGAAAAAGAUCCGGAACGGUUAGACGCCAUUUACGACAAUAACGAUUUGUUCUAUCUGGCCGGUGACUACGAACCGGUUAUGAAAAUGAUUACAUUUUGCGAUGGGGUGACGGCAACAUCCAGCGACAAAAUAUAAUCUGAUCGUUUACGACUAUUAUUGAUUAUUAUUAUUAUUUUUAUUAUAAAUACCGUUUAUUUAUUGUAUUA